UGCAUCAGCCAAACCGCCUACCAGUUUCUGAAACCCUUGCAGUGUAGAGAUACUAUAUAAGUGAAAAAACUCUAGAACGUUAUUCGAUCUCGGUUCGUUAUUAGCAGUUGUGGUGAUGGCUCACAUUAUCAGAGAAGCUAUGAGUGACACUCACGAUUUGGAUCCAGCCAACAUUCCCGAUCAGUAUCGUUAUCAGAACGUGUACGGUCGUGGCACUGUGCACUGCGGAGCCUGCUUUCAUUCAUGGUCAAGCUACAUAUCGUGGAUCACAGUGGAUUUGAAAAAGUGUCGACUCGCACGUCGAUUUCAGCAGAAGUGUCAGUCAUGUGAAACAGCCAAUACUCCUUAUUUCAAGACAGAAGAACUUGAACGUAUGAUUAAACUGACCAUUGCAAGAGUAAUCAGUCUCAUGAACGGAACAUACGACAACACGGGAACAGAUGAUCUAAACGACACACAGCUGGAUGCACCUCACGACAGCGAUCGUUGUGAAAAGUGUGAAUACGGUGAAGGUAGACCAUGCUACGAAUGAUCUACCGACGUUAGCGGGUCAGCUCAGCAGUACAUUGUCUACUAUAAGAAUUUUAUAUUUUUGUGUGGUAGAUCUACUCGUGUAGAUAUCAUAACCCAGAAGAGUAUAUGUCAUUUGCUGUUCUAAAUUUACUAUAUUUUUCAGCAGUGAAUAGUAUUCUAGCUACUACAGUGUACGUUACAUUGUACGAUGCUUGAACUUUCUGAAGCAGUUUCUUCUGUAUUUCUACUGCUAGUAUUCUAGUAUCAAUUGAAUAAAUGCACACAAGCAGAGUUUCA